UACUGGAUCCCAGCCUCCACCUCCCGUUAAGAAACGUCUGUAGCUUAAGUGCCAGAAAGUCACCAACCAACGAACCAAACAGCCGCCGUUAGCUCUUACCUCAACCGGCCGUUGCACGCCACUGCUACUAACGCUUUUGAUAGCUACCUUCCUCUUUCUCUCUCUCUCUCUCUAGUUCCUUCUUUAUUCUCUCUCUCCGUGUCUCUGUCUGCGACAUCGUACGGAAUUCGAUACUCCGAGGGAGUGGGACGAGCCAUUUGGAUCUCAGAAACCGAUACACAUUUUUCAAUUUCGCCCCUCUUUGUAUCUCUUCCCCUCAGGUGUUCAACAUUCGAACGAGAUUUGAAUUUUCAUUGUUUGUUCUAGAUCGUCGCAUCAGAGGUAAUUUAGGUGGGAAUUGUUUGCUUCUCGAAUAGAAUGCCAGGAGAAGGAUUGUUAGCACAAGAAGAUGAGAGGAGUAGAAAUUUGGAGCCUGAAACCUCUGAGGAUGAGUGGCGGAAGUCUCGAGCAAGAUCUCUUAGGAGAAAAGCAUUGACAGCUUCAACAAGACUUACUUAUAGUCUCAAGAGGCGUAAUAAGCGUGUAGCGGAUUAUCAAUUUGAUUCAAUUUUCAUAGAAGAUGUACGUGAUGCCAAAGAGGAAGAAGCCGUGAAUUCAUUUCGGAUGGCACUACUUACAAGAGAUCUGCUUCCAGAUUCCCAUGAUAAUUAUCACACAAUGCUGAGGUUUCUGAAGGCCAGAAAGUUUGACAUUGAUAAAACGGUCCAGAUGUGGGCAGACAUGCUCCAUUGGAGAAAGGAGUAUGGAACAGAUUCUAUUUUACAGGAUUUCAUAUAUGAGGAGUAUGAAGAGGUUCAGCGUUAUUAUCCUCAUGGUUUACAUGGUGUGGACAAAGAGGGACGACCAGUUUAUAUUGAGAGACUUGGCAAAGUUGAACCCAGCAAGUUGAUGAAUGUCACCACAAUAGAUCGAUUUUUAAGAUAUCAUGUUCAGGGAUUUGAGAAAAUGUUUAAAGAGAAAUUCCCAGCAUGUUCUAUUGCAGCAAAGCGGCACAUAGAUAAAACAACAACAAUAAUUGAUGUUCAUGGCGUGAAUUGGGUGAGCUUUAGCAAAGUGGCAAAUGAUCUUGUCAUGCGCAUGCAAAAGAUUGAUGGUGAUAACUACCCUGAGACAUUAAACCAGAUGUUCAUUGUUAAUGCUGGUAGUGGGUUCAAGCUACUAUGGAAUACAGCAAAAGGAUUUCUUGAUCCAAGGACCACAGCAAAAAUAAAUGUUUUGGGCAACAAGUACCAGAGCAGAUUGUUAGAGGUUAUAGACUCAUGCCAACUUCCUGAUUUUCUGGGUGGAAGUUGUUCAUGCCCAAAUGAUGGAGGCUGUCUUAGAUCUAACAAGGGACCUUGGAAUGAUCCUGACAUUUUGAAAUUGUUAAAUACGAGAGAAGCAACAAAGCCAACGAAAUUUGGAAGUUCUUCUGUUGCUGAUAGAUUAGAUGCCGAGUCAUAUGCUAGAAUGGUCACUCAUAAAUUGGUUACAAGCACUGAAAUAUCUGAACCUGGAUCAGCAUCAGAAGCAACAUUAAUUCCUUCAACCUUUAUGCAAUCAGAUCCUUCUAAUGCGAAAAAAAGGAUAAGAGACCGUGCACCUAUCUGCAACCUAGUUGAGCCAGGCAAUGAUGCCAAUGAAGUUGGUGAUGUUGAUUUACCAAGUGAUACAAGAAACAAUCAUUCAAGAAAACAACCAAAGAAGCUAAUUUCCUAUAUUACUUGUACAUUGGAUCAAAUCAUAGUCAAAGUGUUAGCUUGUAUAUAUAUAGUAUUUGCAGCAUUGGGGAAUUUUUUUGUGGUGCGCUCUGCCAACCAACCAGGAGGCCAUCAGACAAUCCAGUUAGUGGAGUCCAAUUCUCAGGAAAAAAUAAUCACUUCGGCAAUAAAGGAGCCAAUUUGGCAGAGGUUGCGGGAUUUGGAGGCAGUAGUGACCGAGAUGACUAAUAAACCUAGAACAAUUCCUCCUGAGAAAGAGGAUAUUCUUCGAGAGUCGUUGAGUCGCAUAAAAUCAAUAGAAUAUGACUUGCAAAAGACAAGGAAGGCACUGCUUGCAACUGCUUCUAGGCAAGUUGAGCUUGCUGAGUCACUGGAAAACUUAAAGGAGAAUAAAUUUGAUGGGACAAACUCAUGUUGGGGUAAAAAUAGUAAAUACUAUGCCUCUGGAAGAUGAAUAAUACCUCUUUACAGCUUCAGUCUGAAAAGAUUGCCAGUAUACUGUUUUUGAUACUCUUCGGCUGAAUUACUACCGGAUCUAAACUUCUCUUGACUUAUAUAAAGGAUUUACUCUCAUAGGUGACUUUACUUCUUCUGUGCAUAUCGACGCAAUUUUGUACUCUCGAACACACACACCCUGGAAGAAAUGGAAGUAUAUUGUAAUGCCCAUUCUUUUCAGGUUUGAGGAAUGGAAUAUGGGAAAUAGACACCCCCAAUCUAUUCAAGGCAGCAAGAAGUUUUUAUGAGGGCCCUGAACUUUGAGUUCUUCCUUUUCAAUAUGUGGUAUUAUUGUGUCAACCACAUUAUUAUCUUACUACAUUUUCUGUACAGAGUACAUAGCUACAAAAAAUAUUACUCAAAUUCAGAUGUAUUUAUUUAUUUUAAUACCAAUAGCAUUUACGCAUAAAAGGAAACUUUUUCAGUGAUACAUACGUAAUAGAUAUGAGUGUUUUACUUUA